AUGGCUGCUCUGGACACGCCUUGGAUGACACACAUGUCGACUCCGAAAUCUACUUCCCGCGGCGACGUCGACGGCUACGGCUCUGCUACCCCUUCCGAUCUCCCGCCUACGUACGCUCCUCCUACUUACGCUUCCUUCUCCCCCGCGAACCUUUCCACUGCCGCAUCGGCUGCUAAACGAAGAUCGACUAUCCUCGUCCACCAGAAGUCCCCGUUGCUGCUUGCUACACCUCCCCAGAUCACCCGCGCUCUUGCUUACAGCCACCCUUUUCUCUUGCCUCUCAACAAGCUAGUAGGACUGUUGACAUGGACUACUGGUGACCCGUGGGAGAGCUUUCUGCUGUUAGUGGUCUUCUGGGCCGCGGUGCAGUAUGGAGACGUCAUCGUGCGCUUCUUUGGCCCCAUCGUGGUCGUGAUGGGUAUUAUAGGAGGCAUGUAUGGGCGGCGAUACAGUCCGCUGUCCAGUAGUGGCUGGGCCGAGCAUCCGAGUAUGGCCAACAGCAAAGACAAGAAACCGUCCAGCGUAUCUGCCACGGGGGGUAUCAACGGCCAGCAUCAGCGUAAUGCGAGCGAGAUUACGAGUACGAGGCACCAGAAGACAUUGGAUGAAAUUGUAGAUACCGUCAAAGUCUUCACCACCAGAUGCAAUAUCUUACUUGAGCCAUUGCUCGAGAUGACCGAUUUCCUGUCUACCCAGCGGACUGCGACUAGCGCAACUACUAGGCCAGCACUCACUACGCUAUUUGUUCGAAUACUUGCCAUUACCCCUGCUUGGAUCGUCUUAACACUUCCGCCCAUGAAGAUUAUAACUACGAAGAGGGUCGUCUUAGCCUUUGGUACCCUACUCCUCACCUGGCACUCGAGAGUCUGCCGAGUAUCUCGGACAUUAUUAUGGCGGAGUGCUACGAUGCGAAGGCUGGCAAGAUUGGUGACGGGAUUACAAUUCGACGAACCAGCGAAACCGAAGCUCGACGGCGCCAACGGUAAUCAGACUAACAUCGCCAUAGGUUCGAAGACGAACCGACCGAAUGAAACCACCAAGGUAUCAUCAUCUGCCCUGACUGCUGCCCUUAAGCGUAGCGGCCGCCCCGGGACUAAGGAUUCAGGUGUACGCUUCACUUUCAUCAUAUACGAGAAUCAAAGACGCUGGCUGGGCCUGGGGUGGACGAACAGCCUGUUUGCCUACGAACGUGCCGCCUGGACGGACGAGCACAACAACCCUGUUCCUCAGAAAGAUGAAUUCGAACUGCCGGAGGUCGAGGAUGGGCAUGCGAGGUGGAGGUGGGUCGAAGAGGGUAGAUGGCGAGUUGACGGCGCGCCCGAUCUUGACGAGGCCGACUAUGAUACUGACGCGGGCAAGAAUGGAUGGAUUUUCUACGACAACAAGUGGCAGAACGGUCGCCGAGGUAACGAUGGGUGGGGUAGAUGGACACGACGCCGCAAAUGGUAUCGUGAUGCCGAACUUGUCGAGAUUCUAGACAAGGUCGCUUCUCCCCCGCCUCCCGAGCUGCCUGCUCGACCGCGUCCCGCUCCGACGUCCAGUUCGGAAAAAGUUGACAUCUCUACCUUCUCUACCUUCUCUGCCUCGAAUCCAGAAUUAUCUACGAAUAUCGAGCCCGAUAAGAAUGGGCCAUCAAAGGAGGAAGACGACGCAGUUUCGGUUCUUAGCACCUCGUCCAAGUCGGCUAGGCUUAGGAUGUCCGGCCCACCAUUGCGUCGGCGAACCACAGGUGGCACGCAUCGAUCUAGGAGAACGAGCGAAGCGGCUAGUCUACGUUCUAACGAUGACGAAGGUCGCUUAACGCCGGCACUCGAGUUAGAAAUCCAAGGGCACGGUAAAGAUCAGGGGCAGUGGGGUAUCGGAGAUGAGGCUCAAAUGGGUCUUGAAUGA